AUGCAUAGGCCUACGAAGUCUUUCCUUAUUUGUCUGUUUCUAACCCUGUGCAAUGGUUUCUCGAUGGGCUGUAGAUGGAUGGAUGAUCACAAAUUCAUACAACACAGUGAGACCUUACUGAACUUACUCAAUAUUAUGGUGAGUAGAUUCUUAUGUUUUCGUUAUUCUAAACCAUUGGUAUAUUUGGAUUGUGCCAACAGAAAUUGAAGUUCAAUUCUAUGAUUUUGAAUAUUGUACAUUAAUUAUUGAAUGCAUAAAUUGAAUUUGUAUGUAUAAUGGGGGUUAUUUCUCUCUUAAACAUAGGGUGGGGAGUUUACUACAGACAGUGUGGGCACACCCUUCCCAGAGGACCUGUACAAGCAAGCUGAAUAUUCACCAGUAAGUUAGGCAGUCUUGUGAGAUAGUCAACCUUUAGCAUGGGAUUUACAGGUGCACAGAGGAUGUAUGCAUUAGCAUUGUACUGACAUUCACCAAAUAAUGAACACCCCAACAUUAUUGUAUGUCUAUCAUUAACUAUUUUGAUUGGCAAAUAUUAAUUAAUUUAGUAAGGAUCAGGUUAAAGUAAUUUCCUCAUGUCUUUCCUUUUACAGACUGAAGAUAAAAUGUGGUUCAUCCUCCAAACCAUUGACGAGAUCGCUGAACUGUUCGAUGGAGAACAUGACUCUGUCUGGGAUGAGAAGAAAGUGGAGAUCUUCCUCAAUGUUCUCACCAGUCAGGCUGAUGGCCUUCAGUCAUGUGUAAGUAUAACAUCAUAAUAUUCUAUAGCUGGAAUAGACAUUCUCUAGCCGAGUCCCAAAUCUGUUUGUGCUGUCUUGCCAACUCAGUUUGACAUUGACAACGACCAAGUUGUCAAAACAGAUCUAGGACCAUGCAGGCUAGAUAUUUUAAUAUGAGCACUUGUUAAUUUGAAUGAAUGGACUGAGUCUCAGAGAGUUGGUGGAAUAUAAUAAUAAUAUGCCAUUUAGCAGACGCUUUUAUCCAAAGCGACUUACAGUCGUGCGUGCAUACAUUUUUGUGUAUGGGUGGUCCCGGGGAUCGAACCCACUACCUUGGCGUUACAAGCGCCGUGCUCUACCAGCUGAGCUACAGAGGACCACAAUGCAAUAUUCAGAUUGAGAACAUUACUUUUAUUCCACAAACAGACUGUAACUAUAGUGCACAUUUUUUCCCUAAAAUUAUUUAAACUACUCACACUUGUGUUAUACUUUAAUGGGCCGUUUAUUUAAAUUGGUAAUCUAUUUGUAGGGAAACACAAAGCAUUGAAAAUAAGUCAUAGGCGAUAUCAACAUUCAGUCAUGCUUUUAUCAUCAAUCCAGGUUACGGCCCAGAAAAAAAAGAGCAAGAAUCUGCAUAUGUACUUCAAGAGGCUGAACAACCACGUCCUUAAAAGAAUGGUGAGUUUUUAUUGAAAUAAUAUUUCAUAUAUGGCCAUAACGAGAUGAAUCAUCAUGGCCACAGUGAGCCAUUGGAUCCCAUUUUACAAUAAUCUUCUACAUAUGUGUCCAUAACAAUAUACAUACAUUGAAAAUGGUAGUUACACUGGCAAGUACAGUGUAAGUACAUUGUAUUUGUAAAUACAAAAAUAAAUACAUGAUUCAUUUUGGCUAAACCUCCGCUCAUCCAAUAAUUGUUGUUUUAGUUCACUCAGUUUAUCCCAAUGUAUUUCGUAAAUACUUGAAACUGUUCAUGGUGCAAACAGAUUUAACAAUGUGUACCUACCUACACUGCAGUAACAUGUACUUGUCUAAUUUAGGGCUCAAUUCAAGCCUUAAUACUGAAGAGCUGCACUACAGUGCGAUAGAAAUUUAAAGGCAAUGUUGCCUUCUGUAUGAUGAGGGUAUUCUGAUAUUCAACUGCUAAUAUGUUUGUGAUUUUGUCAUCAAUCUGCAGGCAUACAGUGCUCAUGCAUGGGAGCUGGUCAGGAAAGAGGCCAGGAGACAUCUGAGGAGGCUGGUUCUUCUGGGUUCAGCUACAGAAAACAGCACCUAA